GCAUGCUUAACGCCCUCUGUCACGGCAGGCCUGGCACGUUUAAGCCUAAUCUGUGUGCGGCUUUCAUUAUGGAAACGUAGAAGUGUGCGUAAAAUAGAAAGAAUAAUAUGUUGUUCUUGACAUUACAAGUUUAAGGGCGACGAUGAUUAUGUCGUUAUACAUAUCAAGGUGUCCUCCGUGCUCAAGGGGGUGCCAUGUUGCCAGCGUUUACUGAAGAGCGUGAUGAAAAAUGGGUGGGAGCCUCUCGUGCUGUUCGGCGCCGAGCCCCAGGCCCCACCGUAAGAAGGACAGUGCCGACCCUCCUCACUCCGAGGAGAGUGCCUCAAAUCUGCAGCACAUCAGUGAAAGGGAACCUGAAGAUUUUGAUCAGGACCCUUCAACACACCCAACAGCUGGCCCACUUUUUAUGCAGAGAUCAAAAAGUGAUGUCAGAAAUUGCAAGGAGAAGAGAAGAAGUCAAAUUAACCUGCAGGAGAAGGCCCCUCUGAAGAAGUCCAACUCGUGCUCAACCAUCUACUUGGAUGACAGUACUGUAAGCCAGCCCAACUUGCGCUGCACCAUCAAGUGUGUCACGCUGGCCAUCUACUACCAUAUCCGUGAUCGGGGUGGCCAGCAGCGCACCAUUGACAUCUUUGAUGAACGGCUGCACCCACUGAGCAAGGAGCCUCCAGAGAUGCGUGACCCUGACCACCGGACCAUUUACCGCUUUGUGCGCACCCUCUUCAAUGCAGCCCAGCUGAGUGCAGAGUGUGCCAUCAUCACACUCGUGUACCUCGAGCGUCUGCUCACCUAUGCUGAGAUGGACAUUUCUCCCUGCAGCUGGCGGCGGGUUGUCCUCGGUGCUGUUCUGCUUGCCUCCAAGGUGUGGGAUGACCAGGCUGUUUGGAAUGUUGACUACUGCCAGAUCCUUAAAGAGAUCACAGUGGAGGACAUGAACGAGCUUGAGCGCCAGUUUCUGGAGCUGCUUCAAUUCAACAUCAAUGUGCCGGCUAGUGUCUAUGCCAAGUACUACUUUGACCUCAGAACUCUGGCUGAUCACAAUGAACUGGCUUUCCCUUCAGAGCCACUCAGUAAAGAACGGGCACAAAAACUUGAGGCCAUGUCAAGGGUGUGUGAAGACAAGCUGGGUGAACUCCAUAGGAACGGCUUUAAAAAGUGGUCCAGCCUGGACAAUGUGAACAAUGUCUCUGUUCGCCGGAGCACAGCCAUUCUGUCCUGAUGAUACUGUCGUCCGUAUUUGCUUCCCUUUGUCAAGUCCUUGCCAAACACAACCUAAUGUUGAGUAUUUUUUAUACAUGUUAUUUUCUUUCUCGUGAUGGUGCUGAAAUUGAACUAAUUGCGUCUUAAAAGCGCAAAAACUGUUAUACCUAGUUAUGGAUAUGUUUGAAGAAGCCUGUUUGUUUAAAACCUAAAGAAUUGAGUCAUAUUGGCUGUUAGUUUUACACAAUUUGGAAACAUGUUUUUGUUUGUUUAUUUUGCUGUUAUAUUCGUUGCAUAUACACUCGUUGCUAUACUUUGUGUGUUUCAUUCCGCACAUUUACCGGGACAGAAGGCACAAUCCAUAACUUUAGACUUUCUUUUAAUCAGGCCUUGGAAUGAAUGUACACAAGGGACUUUGUUUACCAUGUUAUGUCAAUAAAAUUUCAUUUACAAAGCACUUUA